AUGUCGAACCUCAACAAGGAGGAGACUGACGACGGCAGAGGCCAAGAGAACGGCCAGCAGCCUGCUGCCUUUGGGACGGCCCUUGAGCAGAAAUCCUUCUUCCAGGCUGCCCUGCCUGUUUUUGCUUGCGGCGCAGGCUUGUUCUCCGACGGCUACAUCAACAACGUCAUUGGUUCAGUCAACACGGUGCUCAAGCUCCAGUACAAGACCGUCUACACCUCGUCCAACGCUGCCAAAUAUGUCGCCGAUAUCGCCUUUGCUGGCACCGUCGUCGGCCAGCUGAUUUUCGGCUUCACCUCUGACCACUGGUCCCGAACCAAUUCGCUUGUUGUUUCCACCUUGAUCCUCAUCGUAUUUACCGCCUUGGCCACCGGUUCGUACUACAAGGGCGAUGCCGUCGGCAUGUUCAACAUGUUGGCUGCAUGGAGGUUCUUUGUCGGAAUCGGCAUUGGAGGCGAGUACCCAGCUGGGAGCGUUGGCUGUGCCGAGUCUAGCGGUGAACUCAAAAGCGGCACCCGGAAUCGAUGGUUCAUCCUGUUUACAAACUCCAUGAUUGACUGGGGCUUUGUGUUUGGUGCCUUUGUCCCUUACGUUGUCGCCGCUGCCUGCCACAACCAAAACCUGUCCACCAUCUGGCGUACCAGCUUGGGCAUCGGUGUGGUCUUCCCCCUGGUUCUCUUUCUCCUGCGAUUGCGACUCAAGGAGCCCGAAGAGUUUGCAAAAGAGUCGAUGCGAAAGCAGACACCGUACCUCCUCGUCUUCAGAUUUUACUGGUUCCGUCUGCUGUGCGUGAGCAUCAUCUGGUUCCUGUAUGAUUUCUCCACCUACGCAUUCGGCAUCUACUCGUCCGAUAUCCUGGCCGGCAUUUAUGACGGCGACGCGCCCCUGACCACAGUCUUUGGCUGGAAUACUGUCAUCAACUUGUUCUACCUGCCUGGUACUUUGCUUGGUGCCUUCGUCUCCGACUGGGCUGGCCCCAAGUAUACCCUCAUUGGCGGCGUUCUCGUGCAGGCCGUUGUCGGAUAUAUCAUGGCUGGCGUCUACGGCAGCAUUGUCAACCACAUCGCUGGGUUUGCUGUCUUGUACGGCAUCUUCCUGACUCUCGGCGAGCUGGGCCCCGGCAACAACAUCGGUCUGUUGGCCGCCAAGACGUGCGCCACGGGUGUCCGCGGCCGAUACUAUGGCAUUGCCGCCGCCGUUGGUAAGAUUGGUGCCUUUGUCGGGACCUGGGUCUUUCCUUAUAUCCAGGCCGCCGGGGGCGAUGACAAGGUCAAGUCGGCCCAGUACCCCUUCUGGGUGGCUUCCAGCCUGUCCGUUUUGUCAGCCGCCAUCGCCUUCGCCUUCGUCCCCAACAUUGGCCAGGACACCAUUACUCACGAAGAUGCGCGUUUCCGUGAAUUCCUCGAGAGCCGUGGCUGGGACACUGCUCAGCUCGGCCUGGGGAAAGUUGAUUCCGAAUGCGUCAACGCCUCUCAAGACGAGCGUGUGCCCGAGAAGCUGGCAGUCCGCUAG